AUGAUCAUUUACACUGAUAUCAUCUCUGGUGACGAAUUAUUGUCCGAUGCCUACGACUUGAAGGAAGUCGAUGGUGUUAUCUACGAAGCCGACUGUGACAUGAUCAAGGUUGGUGGUGACAACAUCGAUAUCGGUGCCAACCCAUCUGCUGAAGAUGGUGACGAAGAGCUAGAAGACGGUACUGAAAUGGUCAACAACAUUGUCCACACUUUCCGUUUGCAACAAACCGCUUUCGACAAGAAGUCCUUCUUGACCUACAUCAAGGGUUACAUGAAGCAAAUCAAGGCCAAGUUGCAAGAAUCCAACCCAGACGAAGUUGCUGUCUUCGAAAAGGGUGCUCAAGCCUACGUCAAGAAGGUCAUUGGUUCUUUCAAGGACUGGGAAUUCUUCACCGGUGAAUCCAUGGACCCAGAUGGAAUGUUGGUUUUGUUGAACUACCGUGAAGACGGUACCACCCCAUACGUCGCUCUAUGGAAGCACGGUCUAAAGGCUGAAAAGAUCUAA